AGGGGAGUCGGGUUGGCGGGGGGUGUGUGUGUGUUUUUAAAUCCGCGGACACAAUUCCGCUGGAUGCUGGCGGCCGGUUCCUUGACUGGCUUUGCGGGGGGGCGAGCUGAGCGGCAGUUGGCUGCUGCCCCCGCCCUGCCCGUGCCACCCUGACUCCGGCGGCGGCGGCGGCGGCGGCGGCUCGGUCUGGCUGCUCUCUCUGCAGCCUUGGCCUGGGACCAGCGGGGCGAGCUCUGAAGAAAGAACCCCCCACAGUAGAGCCAGCCUACUUUAUUAGUAGGCUGUAGGGAGUAUUAGUAGGGAGUUCUAUAUUAGAGAACUCCCUAAAAGCGGGCUGGCCAAGCUCUCGGCGGCGGCUCUCCAGUGUCUCUUGGACUACAACUCCCAUCAUCCGUAGCCAUUGCAGCUAGGGGUGGUGGUGGUGGGGAGCUGUAGCCCAGCAGCAGCUGGAGAGCCCCGACUUAGAAGUCCCGAAGUGGCGAGCAAGCUUUGGAGUCCUCGUCCUCUCCAGGACUCUGCGCAGCUGGGGGGUUGGGGGAGAUAGGAACCAGCCGGGUGUGAUGGGGAAGCCCCCGAACGCCCGUCUUGGUGAGAAGAAGGUGGCGAGCAGGCGCUGGCGAGGGCGGCUUGCUUGGUCUGCUCCUCAGUCAGUCCUCAAAGCGGCUUAUGUAGCGAGAGAGAAACGGAAAGGGUUCCCUGCCCCGAAGGGCUCCCCAUCGAGAAGGCAGCGCGAGGGAGACGCCCGCAGCAGCCGCUGCUGGAGAGAGGCUGCGACACCUGCGCGCUCGCUGCUCUCCCUGCUCCGAGCCCGCAGAAGGGGGCCUCCACCCUGCAAGGGGGCUACGCGCUGCAAAAGCGGGGGGGGGGCCUGUGAGCCGUCCAGAGAGCAGCAGAGUUGGUUUGUUUGUUUUGUUUUAACAAAAUUCAAGCUAGGAACGUCCAAAAAAGCAACAUUAGGGGCAAAAUGGGCCAGCAGUAGCAGUUUACCAGGGAGAAAGGUCUCCAGGAAGUGGGUUCAGAGAGGCCAGUGGGUGCCCAUCCAUCCAUGUGAAUUCCUGGGCGGAGGAGCAGGAGGAGAAAUGGCGGUGGCCUGUGUUUGUUGGUGGGGCGAGCCACCCCCAUCCCUGUGCCUGGAAUAUUUCCCUGGGUAUUUGUUCUGCUGUUAAAUUUCAAAUCAAAUGAAAUUUAUUAUGGUCCACAAAUCAUAAAACAACAACAAAUACUUGGACUGAAGAACAUCAAACCGAAGUUAACAAGAAGCACUAAAAGUAGAGAAUCCAACUGAACUGAGCUGAAUACGGCUUGUUGGCCACUCAGUGUCUCUGACCUUGUGCUAACAGUGUCACAAGAAACGUAGCUAUAUUUUCAGCUGUUAUAUUAGAAUCAUAGAUAGACAGAGAGGGCGGGGAUAGAAUUCCUUGGCCAUGUACAGAGCACCGGAUAAUUAAAAUGGGCUCUAAUAUCCCUAUACAAUAAUCUAGGAAAAGCUUCUUCAGACUGCGAUAAUUUUCUGCAUUUAAAUCAAUAACGCAGCAGCCACAGGGGGGCAGGAGAAGUCCAGGGAUUGCUUGGAGAGCUGGGCUCGCUGCCCCGCCUGCCCCCCUGUUCAGACAGAGGCAAGCCUGGACAGCCCCAGACCGUGUGAUGAGCUCAUGUGCUUGCUCCUGCUGCUGCCUCAGGAGGAAAAUCCAAAGGCACUCUCCCUCAGAAGUUCUCCUGCACGGGAGAUGUGCGAGAGCUGAGCGCUCCGGCUGCGUUGCUGCUGGCCUCCCUCUCUGCUUCGAAGGGCACCCACACGCCUCUGUCGGAUCACCUUCCUUCCUUGGCAAGGCUGGAGUCUUGGAGGCUUUAAAAAACCCUGAAGUCAAGGGGUGGGAGUCGGGGCAGCCUGCUCCCAGGGCCAAGAGGCCCCUUUCCCAGUGGCAGCUUCCUUGUGCACAGCCGGGGGAGAGCAACCAUCCCUGCUCCCCUUCUGCUGCUUUUCAACGUGGGAGCCCCUUUGGGGACAGGGAAUGCUUUUCUCAGGCCUUCUGCUCUGUAAACUCCUUUGAGACCGUUUUUGUCAAAAAGCAGUGUAUAAACAUUUCUCUUAAUAAUAAUAAGCAAUGAGAUCAUAUGAUAAUAGGGAGAGCACCUGGCCCUCUCCACCCCCAGCACAGCAUCCCUCCAGUGGCUGUUGCUGGUGUCUCCCUUCUGCUUCUUUUUAGAUGGUGAGCCCUUUGGGGACUGGGGACCAUUUUACUUGUGUAUUGUUUAUCUUUCUAUGUAAACCGCUCUGGGAACUUUGAAAAGCUAUACGGUCUCUAAAUAGUCAUGACUGGCGUAUGGGGCAGGGGAGUUUCCUCCUCUCAGGGAACACUAAAAGUCAGGCUUAUCUAAUGGAACUGGCUGGCCGGGUGUGCAGGACAGACAAAAGACCUCACCACACAGGGCAAUGUGGGUGUGUGGACUUUGUCGCCACAAGGUGCAGUGGUGGUGGCCCCUGCUUAGCUGGCGAAAGGGGUGGGGGCAUUCGUGGCGAAGGAGGGGGAGAGGAUUAUUCAUAGCUAUUGGCCUUCAUAGGUCAGUGGAUAGUAGCUUCCUGUUCAAGGGCAGUCUGCCUCGGAAUCCCAGCUGCUGUGGAGAACUCUAGAAGAGAGCUGGUCUUGUGGUAACAAGCACAGCCUGUCCCCUUAGCCUAAGCAGGGUCUGCCCUGGUUGCAAAUGAAGGGGAGACUAGAAGUGUGAGCAUUGGAAGAGAUUCCCCUCAGGGGAGGGAGCCACUUUGGGAAGAGCAUCUCGGUCCCAAGUUCCCUCCCUGGCAACAUCUCCAAGAUAGGGCUGAGAGAGACUCCUGCCUGCAACCUGGGAGAAGCUGCUGCCAGUCUGUGAAGACAGUACUGAGCCCGGCUGCUUCUGCCCGUUAAAGUCCUCUAGGCAAGAAGGAUUGCAGUGGACAUAGGCUCUUCAGGAGACAACCAUGGGCCCAUAUCCUGGGGGAACAGAACCCCACACAUCAGCAGAGCUGGCCCAGCCCAAGAACCACCACAGAGCUGCGGGAUUCACUGCAGACUGGCCAAGCAUGGACUGAGCAGCAUUUGCCCCGGAGGACACAGCACCAGCACCACCAGGCCCUCCUGAGGAGCAGCGGCUGCCAUGCCGGUCCUUAAGCACCCCUACCAACUCAAGAUGGCCAAUGGCGAAGCCGCCAGCAGCGGGGCCCUGAUCCUGGAGAAGGAGGGCCAGGGCACCAACCCCUUUGAGGAGGACCUCGAAGGGAACGAGCGAGACGCCUUCCUCGGGCACGCCUCCCCCGAGAGCAGAAACCCUUCCCCAGAGGGUGGGGGGGCGCUGGAGAGGGGGCUUUUCAGCGGCAGCCUCGAGGGCCACUACCGACGCCGGGCGACCUUGGAGAAGCUGGUGGGGCUGCCCCACUUCCGCCUGGGCCGAGGCAAGAAGGGCGGCGACAAGGACAGGCCCCCCAGUGGGGAGAGGGGCUCUGACCGGAGGUCCUUCCUGGGCCGGAUGCUGAUCCCCUUGUCGGAAGGCAACCAGAGGGCCGCCGAGAAGAGGAAGGCCCCCCGCCGCCGCUCGGAAGACUUCAGCCUGCUGCAGCGCCUCAACGGGCGCCGCAAGGAAGGCCUCUGCAGCCUGGAGUGCGGCCUGGCCGAGAAGGAGAAUGGCGGGGGGGACGCCGUGAAGCGCAUGGCCUUCCUCAAGAUCGGGCUGGGGGGCAGAGUGCGCCGGGCGUCCCUGGUGGAGAAGCUGAGCCCGACGGAGGCCUCGGAGCCGGAGCCGGCCGCAGAGGAGGGGCAGGUCAAGGCCAAGGAGCCGCUGUCAGUGCUAGAGAUCCUGAACCUGAUCCAACAGAGGGAUCUGCUGACCGCCGACGAGCACAUCAUUGAGCUGGAAGCGGAGUGCGAGCAGGACGGGUUGCCGGGCCCGGAGAGCGGCGAGGCCCGCAAGGAUGGGAGCCGGAAGGCCAAGGACGUGGCCCUGCUGUACAAGGAGCUGCUGAAGGAGCUCUGGGCAGUCCUGGCCGAGUCGCUGGCGGCCAAGGGGGCGUCCCUGCCCUUGGAGCUGGUGGUCCAAGUGAUUGAGCAGGAGGAGGCGACGGACCGCAGGUGGCUGGAGGCCAAGGGGGGCCCGGCCCAGGCGGGGGCCCGGCCACGGGCCAUGCGGAUGCAGUGGGCCGAGGCCGUGGCCAGAGUGGUCAGCCAGCGGCUGGGCCAGUGUGUGGAAGGCAGGGCUGGCCCCAUUGCCACGCUGAUGGACAGGCUGGCCAAGUGUGCCGUGGAGGACCUGUGCACCGUCAAGUUCCACCUGCUGCAUGCCUACCCGAAGGAGUACAAGGCUUUCGGCGUCUACCUGGGCAGCUAUCACCGGGGGCUGGCCCAGCACCUGGCCCAGGAGGUCCAGAAGAAGUUGACCAUUCCCGAGCUCUACUUCGUCUUGGACUGGAACAGCAACAUCUACCAAAGGGAGGUCCUGCGCCGAGCCGAAAUUGCUUCCCUGGUCAAAGGCCAAGAGCUGGGCCAGCUGCUCUCUCCCGAGACUCAGCAGAGGCUGGAAGAGAACUGCCUCGUGGCUGUGAAGGCCAAGAUCACGGCCGACAUGAUGCAAGAGCUGCAGAAGGAAGAGGAGUCCUGGGCGCAAGACGCCAAGGGCCAAGACGCCCAGCCCGGCCUCUCCAGCAAAGUCAUCUCCGUGUUAAAGGUUCAUGCAGACAAAGCCCCUCAGAUCACAGAAGACUUUGGGAUGAGGAUGGCCCACUGCUGCCUGAGCAGCCUGGCAGAAUUCCUCCAGAGUUUCCAGGAGAAAGUGGAAAGGUUCCAUGAGGAUCAAGCCCAGCCCAGCCCUGUCGAUGGCUGCAUGGGCUGCACCAUUAUGCUCGUCAACUGCUGCCCCCCCUUCAGGGACUACGCUGAGCGCCUGGCAAGGUUCGGCCAUCCCGAGAGCGAAGCAGCCACACGCCAGGCCAACUCCUGCCUCCGCAGAGUGACCCGUCUCUGCAACAGCGUGCUGGCUGACCAGCUCUUCCACAACCUCAAGCCCUACUUCCACAAACUGAUGAAGUGGAAAUGGCUGAGCAACUCGGAGGCCUUCUCCACCAUCAUGGUCCUUCUCUCGGAGCACGUCCAGAAGCUGAAUACGAUGAAGCUGGAGCCGUACCAGAUGCUGGUGAAGGAAGUGCACCGCCGGGUGCUGAUCGAGUACAUCCGCCCCCUGAUGAGGGUCCGCAUCAUCUGCGUUUCCUCCAAGAUGAGAGCCAAGAUGGCCAACAAGCUGCGGGACGAAGCCAGGCAGCUCCAGGAGUUCUUCACCCAGCUGGAAUCCACCCCCUCCUGGCUGGACUCGGCCGUGCCGCGCCUGGCAGGGAUCAUUGAGCUGGAGGAGACGCCUGCCAUCCAGGUGGAAGUGGGGUUCCUUGCCAAGGAGUUUCCUGACGUGCAGAAGAAGCACGUGUCGGCCAUCCUGGACGUGCGGGGCCUGCAGAAUCAAGCCCAGCGCCAAGACAUCCUUGCUGCCGUGGAGAGCUUGGAGGCGCCGGAGGGCGAGGCGCAGCUCUGCCAGGACCAGGCCUUCUUCUCCGAGAUCCCCACCAGCGAAGUGUUCUGCGCCCGUGUCCGGCUGCGCCGCUUGUCGCUUUGGGGACACACCUGCCUCUCGCGGCUGCGCUUGCGGCCUCGGCAACGCCGGCAGCGGCAGCGGCGGCACCCCAAAGAGAGCGAGGCGGAAUCGUGGGUGUGAGGCCUUCCCGGUCCACCAGCAUCUGGACUCCCUCUCUGCCUUGAGGCGACUGGGCCGGUGCCCAGCAUUCUUCUCCAUGGGGCCACAGCCGUCCUGUCCAUGGUGGAGAGUGCACCCUCCAAGCGAGAGGCCUGGGGCCCCCACCCCGCCACCCACACACGCCCACCAUAUCUGUUGCUUUUCUCCUUUUGCCCCCAAAUGACGGGCCUCUGCCUGCUUUUCCCAAGCAACUUUUCAAAGUGCCUAGGACAGCAACACCCGGAGGAACAGCCGUUCUCCUUCACAUAUGGGUGACUGUGCUAAAAGCCCCAAGGGGGUUGCAGCGGUGGGGGGGCACUGUGUGAGGCCGGGGCGGAGGGGGAUCCUGGCAGCUUCACCAGUUAGGCACCCGUCCUGCAGAGCCAGCUCUUCUGAAGCAGGAGAAAGUGGAACACCUCCCCGCCCCAUAUAUUGUCCAAGAGAGCGCGGACAUGUAUUUAAGAAUUAAGCCUGCAGGCUCCCUCUCCCGGAAUUGGGUGGCUUCCUGCCCCUGGAAAGACACGAGCAGCAGGCAUCUGCCCAGCAAGGGAUCCAUGAGCGUGGUGAGGGACCUCCUCCCAAGAGGGGCGGCUUCUGACUGCUCCUCAGCUCCUUCACAGCCCCAGGGGGUGGAUGGGUGGGGAGGACAAGGCAGGCCUUACGGAAGGCGGGAUUCCUCUUCUGCACCACCAAUGAAUGUGUAUUAAUUUAACCAAUAUAAAUGUGUAUUAAUUUACUCACA